UAUAUUUUUGCUUUUUGCCUUAAUUUACUAGUCACACUUUAUUCAUCAAGAUCUGCUCCUCAUUUUUCUCUUCUCCACUCCACACACACUCAAUCAGCUUGCAAGUAUGACUUCACGUCCUCCUCUUAAUGAAAGAAUACUUUCAUCCAUGAACAAAAGAUCUGUUGCUGCACAUCCUUGGCAUGAUCUUGAGAUAGGACCAGGCGCACCAACGAUCUUUAACUGUGUUAUUGAAAUUAGCAAGGGGAGCAAGGUGAAGUAUGAGCUCGACAAAAAAACAGGACUUAUCAAGGUUGACCGUGUUCUAUAUUCAUCUGUGGUGUACCCUCACAAUUACGGUUUUGUACCUCGUACUUUGUGCGAGGAUAACGACCCCAUCGAUGUCUUGGUCAUAAUGCAGGAACCGAUCUUGCCAGGUUGUUUCUUACGUGCCAAAGCCAUAGGUCUCAUGCCCAUGAUUGAUCAGGGUGAAAAAGAUGAUAAGAUAAUUGCAGUUUGUGCUGAUGAUCCGGAGUAUAGGGACUACACUGACAUCAAGGAGCUCCCACCCCAUCGCUUGGCUGAGAUUCGCCGCUUCUUUGAGGACUAUAAGAAGAAUGAGAAUAAAGAGGUUGCUGUUGAUGAUUUCUUGCCAGCUGAUAAGGCAAUUGAGGCGGUCAAAUAUUCCAUGGAUCUCUAUGCGGAUUACAUUGUGGAGGGACUGAGGCGAUAGACUCGUGACUGGGAAUUAUUAAUCAAUUUCGUGACUUCAUAUUCCAUUGAUGAUGUCGAAAACUGUUGGAAAAUGUGUUACUCUCUUAUAGAAAAUCGAUCUGUUAAUCAUGAAUCAUGAUGUCUUUUGACAUACCAAAUUACAUGACAGGCAGACCUGUUUAACAAGGAAUUUGGUACUUGAUCAUCGUAUAUUUACUUUUCUCAUAUAUCACGCUUAUUAGCUUUAA